CUUCUCCAUCCUCUCGGUCUUCCCCGAGCGCCUCGGCUUCUGCCAGCACCACGACGACGAGGUGCUGCACCUGUACUGUGAUACUUGCUCAGUGCCCAUCUGUCGUGAGUGUACAAUGGGCCGGCACGGGGGCCACAGCUUCAUCUACCUCCAGGAGGCACUGCAGGACUCCCGGGCCCUCACCAUCCAGCUGCUGGCUGACGCCCAGCAGGGCCGCCAGGCAAUCCAGCUGAGCAUCGAGCAGGCCCAGACGGUGGCAGAACAGGUGGAGAUGAAGGCCAAGGUGGUACAGUCGGAGGUCAAAGCCGUGACGGCAAGGCAUAAGAAGGCCCUGGAGGAGCGGGAGUGCGAGCUGCUGUGGAAGGUAGAGAAGAUCCGCCAGGUGAAGGCCAAGUCUCUGUACCUGCAGGUGGAGAAGCUGCGGCAGAACCUCAACAAGCUCGAGAGCACCAUCAGUGCCGUCCAGCAGGUCCUGGAGGAGGGGAGGGCGCUGGACAUCCUGCUGGCCCGAGACCGCAUGCUGGCCCAGGUGCAGGAGCUGAAGACGGUGCGCAGCUUCCUGCAGCCCCAGGAAGACGACCGGGUCAUGUUCACGCCCCCAGACCAGGCACUGUACCUCGCCAUCAAGUCCUUCGGCUUUGUCAGCAGCGGGGCCUUCGCACCACUCACCAAGGCCACCGGCGAUGGCCUCAAGCGGGCUCUUCAGGGUAAGGUGGCCACCUUCACUGUCAUUGGCUACGACCACGAUGGGGAGCCUCGUCUCUCAGGAGGCGACCUAAUGUCAGCUGUGGUCCUGGGCCCUGAUGGCAACCUGUUUGGGGCGGAGGUGAGCGAUCAGCAGAACGGGACUUACCUGGUGAGCUACCGGCCCCAGCUGGAGGGCGAGCACCUGGUGUCGGUCACCUUGUGCAACCAGCACAUCGAGAACAGCCCCUUCAAGGUGGUGGUCAAGUCGGGCCGCAGCUACGUAGGCAUCGGGCUCCCGGGCCUCACCUUCGGCAGCGAGGGCGACAGCGAUGGGAAACUCUGCCGCCCUUGGGGUGUGAGUGUGGACAAGGAGGGCUACAUCGUGGUCGCCGACCGCAGCAACAACCGCAUCCAGGUGUUCAAGCCCUGCGGCACCUUCCACCACAAAUUUGGCACCCUGGGCUCUCGGCCCGGGCAGUUCGACCGGCCAGCCGGGGUGGCCUGUGACGCCUCCCGCAGGAUCGUGGUGGCCGACAAGGACAAUCAUCGAAUCCAGGUCUUCACCUUUGAGGGCCAGUUCCUCCUCAAGUUUGGUGAGAAAGGAACCAAGAAUGGGCAGUUCAACUACCCUUGGGAUGUGGCGGUGAAUUCCGAGGGCAAGAUCCUCGUCUCUGAUACUCGGAACCACCGGAUCCAGCUGUUCGGGCCCGAUGGAGUCUUCCUGAAUAAGUAUGGCUUCGAGGGGGCUCUCUGGAAGCACUUUGACUCCCCUCGGGGUGUGGCCUUCAACCAUGAGGGCCACUUGGUGGUCACCGACUUCAACAACCACCGGCUCCUGGUCAUUCAUCCCGAUUGCCAGUCCGCACGCUUCCUGGGCUCAGAGGGCACCGGCAAUGGGCAGUUCCUGCGCCCGCAGGGCGUGGCCGUGGACCAGGAGGGGCGCAUCAUUGUGGCCGAUUCCAGGAACCACCGGGUACAGAUGUUCGAGUCCAACGGCAGCUUCCUGUGCAAGUUUGGCGCUCAGGGCAGUGGCUUUGGGCAGAUGGACCGCCCCUCCGGCAUCGCCGUCACGCCCGAUGGGAUGAUCGUCGUGGUCGACUUUGGCAACAAUCGAAUUCUCAUCUUCUAAUCACAUUUUCUAGGCUUCUGUGUUUGGGGUGUGCAUGUCUCUCUCUUUCUCUUUCUCUCUUUCUCCCCCCCCUUUGAAUUUCAAAGAAGAAACAGUCUCAGGGAAAUUU